AUAGGCACAAAUCUUCCAUCCUCAGCCUUUGCAAGGGGACAGCUGUGCCAGCCAGGCACUGGCAGGUUUCAGGCAGCAUGGCUGAGAAGCUCGGAGUCCUCCUGCUGGUCCUGGUGCUGGUACUGGACCCGGCUCAGCCAGGGACUGGACCCCGGAAGCUCCUGCUGUUGCUGUUGGAUGGGUUCCGCUCAGACUACAUCAGCGAGGAGGCUUUGGGGUCCUUGCCUGGAUUCCAAGGCAUUGUGAGCAGGGGAGUGAAAGUGGAUUACCUGACCCCUGACUUCCCCAGCCUGUCCUAUCCCAAUUACUACACACUCAUGACUGGCCGCCACUGUGAGGUGCAUCAGAUGACGGGCAACUACAUGUGGGACCCCAGCACCAACAAGUCCUUUGACAUUGGAGUCAACAGGGAUAGCCUGAUGUCCCUCUGGUGGAAUGGAUCAGAGCCGCUGUGGGUCACUCUGACCAAAGCCAAAAGGAAGGUCUACAUGUACUACUGGCCAGGCUGUGAGGUUGAGAUUCUGGGUGUCAGACCUACCUACUGCUUAGAAUAUAAGAAUGUGCCAACUGAUAUCAAUUUUGCCAAUGCAAUCAGUGAUGCUCUUGAUUCAUUCAAGAGUGGCCGGGCUGACCUGGCUGCCAUAUACCAUGAGCGCAUCGAUGUGGAAGGCCACCACUACGGCCCUUCAUCCACCCAGAGAAAAGACGCACUCAAGGCUGUGGACACUGUCCUGAAGUACAUGACCCAGUGGAUCCAGGAGCGGGACCUGCAGGAUGACCUGAAUGUCAUCAUUUUCUCAGAUCAUGGAAUGACAGACAUCUUCUGGAUGGACAAAGUGAUCGAGCUGAACCAGUACAUCAGCCUGGACGACCUGCAGCAAGCCAAGGACAGGGGUCCUGUCGUAAGCCUGUGGCCUGCUCCCGGCAAGCACUCUGAGGUAUACAACAAGUUGAGCCGAGUGGAACACAUGACUGUCUAUGAAAAGGAAGCCAUCCCGAGCCGGUUCUAUUACAAGAAAGGCAAAUUUGUCUCUCCUCUGACUUUGGUGGCCGAUGAAGGGUGGUUCAUAACUGAGAAACGAGAGUUGCUUCCAUUUUGGAUGAACAGCACGGGUAAGAGGGAAGGCUGGCAGCGUGGCUGGCACGGGUACGACAAUGAGCUCAUGGACAUGAGAGGCAUCUUCCUGGCCUUUGGCCCAGAUUUCAAAUCCGACUUCAGAGCUGCUCCAAUCAGAUCAGUGGAUGUCUACAAUGUCAUGUGCCAUGUGGCAGGCAUCACCCCACUGCCCAAUAACGGGUCCUGGUCCCGGGUGAUGUGCAUGCUGAAGGGCCAGGCCAGCGCAGCCCCGGCAGCCCAGCAGAGAGGCUGUGUGCUGCUGGCCUUGCUUCUCCUCUUACUGUUGGUGUAACUGUUUGCAGUGCUGGUCCAACACGCUGUCAGCAAGUCUCCAACACUUGCUUUACGAAAUGAUGUUCGUGUUAUGUGAGAAUGAUUGCUUCAUUAACACAAUCAAGGCCACAUAUACUGCACAUAUUGGAUUCUAGGAUGAUUCCAUCGACAGAAGUCCCUACUUCUUAUAAAAGAAAAACUCAAUAUUUUUCCCCUGAAGGUAGGAAAAGUCUUGUUUUUUCAUUUGUAUGGGAUCUUCCAAAGG